AUGGACGACCCUGGAGCUCUCGCUCGACGCGGGUUCCCUCUCCUCCGCGCUCAAGCCAGUGAUCUUGCCUUUGCUGGAGUGUAUGAGGAGAUUCUGGGCCCUGGAGGCGAGCAUGAAGCCGAGUUCCCUCGCACCCAGUUCCUCAGCCGCUUCGCCACAGUUCAUCGUCGGUUCAAGGAUGAAGUCGGCUCCGUGUUGCUCGAUCUCCUGGUCGGAGCUCAGAACGGUGGGAACGAGCUCAUCGCCACGCACUUGGCGCGUUGGCUCGAGGUGGAGGACGGCUCCGAGUCCUUCUUCGAGCUCGAGCUCGCGCGCGGCUCAGUCUGCCCUUUUGCCAAGACUAUAGACGAAGACCACGCGUACGGAGAGCAGCAGCCUUUGGACUUGCUGAUCUGGAAGGGGAUCGUACACGACGCGCUGCUCGGCGUCAUCUAUCGGCGUGGCAGCUUCUUCAUGACGCUGCGUCCGGUUGCCGAGUCUUCGGACGUUGUGAGCGACGGCGUGCUGGACGACGAUGCAUCUGCUCAGCUCUUCGCCGGCGUGCCUCCGCACCUCAACAAAGGGCGAGGAUAUCUCGUCCGUGACAAAGGCUCCAGCGAGACGGCGAGUGCACUGCCUAAGGAGGACAAGGUGGCGCGCCCUCACCACCUCUCGCGUCUCUCGACCAGUGAAGCGCUGCUAGCUUUACAAGCCAAGGCACAGGCGGCACUGCAACCUGUGCCCUGGGACCUACGCACGGGGCGUCCGCUCUAG